CGGCCCCUCCCCUUCUGCCCGGCCCCCGGAAGUGGCGGGCGGGCGGCGGCGACCAUGGUGGGGCAUGGGCCGGGGCCGGCGCUGGAGAACGCCAACCCGCUCGUGUUCCGGCGCUCGGGCGAGCGGCCCGUGACGGCGCGGGAGGAGGACGAUGACCUGCCCGACGCCAUCGAUGACCGCGAGAUCUUCGAUCUCAUCCGCUCCAUCAACGACCCCGAGCACCCGCUCACGCUGGAGGAGCUCAACGUGGUGGAGCAGGUGCGGGUGAAGGUGAAUGAUGCUGAAAGCACAGUUGCAGUGGAGUUUACUCCCACAAUUCCUCACUGUAGUAUGGCAACAUUAAUUGGCUUGUCAAUAAAAGUAAAGUUGAUCAGAUCGCUACCUGAAAGGUUUAAGGUUGAUGUUCACAUAACGCCGGGAACGCACAUCUCUGAGCAUGCAGUAAACAAACAGCUUGCUGACAAAGAGCGAGUAGCUGCCGCUUUGGAGAAUUCUCAUUUGUUGGAAGUGGUGAACCAGUGUUUAUCUGCUCGAUCUUAACUGCCUGAUAAGAAGCUCUGCUUUUCUGAUAUGUUCUUUCUAGCACUGUUGGAAUGACUGCUCACUAUCUCAAAAAGUGAUGACAUCCUGAGGAAUAGAAGAUAAGAACAUGACACUUAACCAUUGACACUUACCAGGAAGGGGGUGGACUACUGAAAACUUCAUAUGCAUGGAUGAUACAAGGGCAGGUUUGUUCCUGUGAUGACAAAGCAUUGAGACAGUCUUUAGGAAAUGUCUGUUCAUGUUCUGUGCGAAGACAUGUAUGUAUGUGUAUGUAUAAACCUGUGCUUUGGUUUCAAGAACAAUCUAAGUGCUGGUAACUCAGUAAA